CCACAGCUAUGACGGCCAGCAUCGGAGAGCGAGGAGGGUUUAAUGUGGAUAUUGGCGACAUGGGAUGUCUGGAUGGUGUGACGUCGAUGGACUGGUCGUUCAACGAGCCAUGGAUUGUUGUGUUGUUGCGGUGUGCUAAGAAGAUGUUGAAUGUGCCGAUGAUGCUGAUGAUGAAAAGUCUGAAAGAUGAGUUUUGGAGAAAGGUGUUAUCAACGCGGAUGGGUAGCGGAUCCGAGGAAGUGUUGCUGUUGGAUUGUAUUGUUCGUAGUACAUCACAAUUUCUUGACUCUACACAUUCUUCUCUUGUUCAAGCUCAAUUUCCUAAAGACUUGAUUUUCUGACUCAGAGCAUACCGAUCAUUCAAGAUGUCGAACGGCAAGACUUUCACGCUCAACAACGGCGUUUCCAUCCCUGCAGUGGGCUUUGGCACUUUCGCCAACGAAGGCUCCAAAGGCGAGACUUACAAAGCUGUCACACACGCUCUCAAUGUCGGUUACCGUCACCUUGACUGCGCGUGGUUUUACCAAAACGAAGAUGAAGUCGGUGAUGCAGUAGUCGAUUUCCUCAAAUCCAACCCUUCCGUCCACCGCAGCGAUAUCUUCAUCUGCACAAAAGUCUGGAACCACCUCCACGAGCCUGAAGAAGUGAAAUGGAGCUUGCAGAGCUCGCUGAAGAAAUUGAAAGUCGAUUAUCUGGAUCUUUUCCUCGUGCAUUGGCCAAUUGCAGCGGAGAAGGACGAGAACUACAACCCCAAGUUGAACGAGAAGGGACAAUAUGUGAUCAAGGAAGAGUUGACAAACAACCCACGACCCACAUGGAGGGCAAUGGAGGAGAUCUAUGAGUCUGGUAAAGCCAGAGCGAUCGGUGUCUCCAACUGGACAGUCCCUGGUCUUAAGGAUAUGCUCAGCUGGGCAAAGGUCAAGCCCGCAGUGAACCAGAUCGAGAUUCAUCCUUUCCUUCCAAACGAGGAAUUGGUCAACUUUUGCUUCGAGAACAACAUUUUGCCUCAGGCCUACUCGCCGCUCGGAUCGCAGAACCAAGUUCCAACGACGGGCGAGAAGGUUAACACAAACAAGACCUUGAACGAGAUUGCGGAGAAGGGUGGCAAUACCCUUGCUCAAGUGCUGAUCGCUUGGGGUAUUCGCCGAGGAUAUGUUGUUCUGCCGAAGAGCUCGACGCCUUCCCGAAUCGAGAGCAAUUUCAAGAGCAUUGAUCUGAGCGACGAAGAUUUCGAGGCAGUAAAUGCCGUUGCGAAGGGUCGCCACACCCGUUUUGUCAACAUGAAGGGUGACUUUGGCUAUGAUGUCUGGCCAGAGGAUAGCCAGAUCGCGGAUGUUCAAAAGUAAAGGUAACAGAGUCAAGAGUCAUAACGUCUUGUUCAAAGGAUAAGGCGAAGAUGCAAGAGCGAUGGUAGAUGUACCCGUGACCACUGGCGUUGAACGGAUGCCUUAGCCUUGAAUGGAGGAUGCAGCAUCUGGUCGGCUUCUGUUCAGGUCAGUCUAGGGAUGGAGCCAUAGUGUAUGGCGUUCGUAAACGAUGGCGACGAUCUGCAGAGAGAAUCAGUGAAUACCCCGAGCGACGAAUAGAAGACGGACACGAGAUGAAUGUGCUGUUGUGGAAGCUCUAGAUAUACAUACAGUACCUGGCAAAAGAUUAUGGUCAACUUACAGU